AUGGUGAGAUUAUCUGGACUUCAGAGAGAUGUGUUGUCACUCUACCGGCAAUGCUUGCGAGCCGUGAGACAAAAACCAAUCGAAACGCAAGCCAACUUUCGUGACUUUGCAAGAUCACAGUUCCACAAACACCGGGAUGUUGGCAAGAAAGAUUUUGGCACCAUUGAGUAUCUGCUGCGCCGCGGAAGGAAUCAGCUGGAGUCGUGGUCAGAGCCGGGUAUCCGGGAUAUCCACAGGUAG